GGGCUGUCACGUGACCGCACGUCUUAGUUCAAGAUGGAGACGGAACGAUUUGUUAGUGUUAGCUAGCUAGUUAGCUGUUUACAGGUUUUUUUUAAUAAUACAUGUCAACUACGAGGAGCUACUAGUCUUAUUUAACGCCCACACUGAAAUUUAAUAUCUGAGCUGACAUAUGCAUACGCUAGCUGUUGACCAGAAUGAAGCAUAGCUCUUCGUAAACCUUAAGGUGAAAAUUGUCAGUGGUCAUCAUCACAAACUCACAUUGAGAUCAAAGGGAUCGAUAUGGCGCUGAGAGAGUUAAAGGUUUGUCUCCUGGGGGAUACUGGUGUUGGAAAAUCAAGUAUUGUUUGGAGAUUUGUGGAGGACAGCUUUGACCCAAAUAUCAACCCAACAAUUGGGGCAUCCUUCAUGACUAAGACAGUGCAAUACCAAAACGAGCUGCACAAGUUUCUGAUCUGGGACACAGCAGGACAGGAGCGGUUUCGUGCUCUCGCGCCAAUGUACUACAGAGGUUCAGCAGCAGCAAUCAUUGUUUAUGACAUCACAAAAGAGGAGUCCUUCCAAACGCUGAAGAACUGGGUGAAAGAGCUGCGCCAACAUGGGCCUCCUAAUAUCGUUGUAGCCAUUGCUGGCAACAAAUGUGACCUGUCAGAUGCCAGGGAGGUUUCUGAAAAGGAUGCCAAGGACUAUGCUGAUUCUAUCCAUGCCAUCUUUGUCGAAACCAGCGCCAAGAAUGCCAUUAACAUCAAUGAGGUGUUUAUAGAGAUAAGUCGGCGCAUCCCUCUUGUCGAUGCAGCAGGGGCAACCACAGGAACGGGUUUCAAACUGGGACGUCAGAGUUCAGAAUCACGCAGGAUUUGCUGCUGAUAUUGCCAGCUGUUGUCCCCCUACAAGACCUGUGAUGUGACCUUUACUUGCCCCCCUGUAGCUUGCAUGCAUUAGCAUACAGCUAUCACACAAUGCCAUCGCUGAGACACUGGUGCAACAGCAGCAAUGUUGCUAGUGGGAAAGGGGAGGAAUACAUCCUGUAUUGAGCAUUUCCAAAAAUGCCUGGAUUAAAUUCUUU